AUUCGACUCUUCUUCACGACAUCAUCGUAUCAAGCCGUACCAUCCCGGGUUUAUUACGAUAAUUUAGCGCCGCGAUCGAAUACCCAAGGUCGAAUUAGUGUAGUCUGGCUGCUAACGGAUUAUCGCGAAGAUGUCUCGACCUACUACACUCCCGCGACCGCAGUCCGUUUGUCAGAUUUGCGACUCGAUCAUCGGCCGACGUUUAUACUCGACGAAGCCUGCUCUAAGCUCCCGAAUUGCUACUAGGCCUCGGUCGCAAAUAAGUCAAAAUGUCCCAAGGGCGAAUUCAUCGCAGAAACGCUUGCUGGCUUCUGCAGUUCUACCCACCAAGAAGACUAUAUCGGGAUCCAGUAAAAGCCGCGAUGCACUUGAAGAGCAAGAUAAGAAGGUCAAGCCAACGCCUAGAUCAGCAAGGGACGAACUAUCUUCCGUUACGAACAUGAUGACAUAUCUUGAGAAGAACAAAACAAGGGUGCUUUCAAAUAGGCGCAUACCACCAGAAUCGGACGUGAACGCUGCCCUCCAAGCAUGCUUCGUCCUAGCGGAUUACAUUAUGGACGACAGCGUUCAGCCGCAAAUUUCUCACAUGAUAAAGGAGUCCGACUCGGCCGCCGCGGAGCUACUCUCGCUAGAUAGUACAAAGGGCUCCCGCUCUAAGACCUCAGAGACUAUGACCGCUCAUAUAACAGCUCAGGUCAAACGGAUAAUCGAUGAAAUCUCUAAUACUGCAUACGCGGUACUCUCUCAUCCACCCGUAUUCAUCACUCCGGAAUUACUGGAAAAGUAUGUUGACGUUCAAGCACGUUUGGUUAGGCCAGAAACCUUCUCUCAAAUAUUUCAACUAUACGCAUCAAAACCGAUGCCCCGAGAAUCUUCAGGGUCUAUUAGCUACGUUGCGCCCAAUCCCAACAAGGUAGCAAAUGCCAUAGAAUCAAAGGUAAUUGAGAAAGCCUUGGAUGUUGCAAUCGAAAAGAAGAACAUUGAUGCCGCGGUUGGGAUUAUCGAGAAUGGCUAUGGGACAAAGGCCUUUAUUCGAAAUAAACUUCUACGCCGCGCCGUAUUACCCGCAGGAACAUUCGCAGCAACCCCCUUCGCAGCGUACCUGCUGGCUUCGAAUUUCUCUAGUUUUCAGACCGCAAUGGACAGCGCUUCCGCUACCAACGUGGCCUUCGUUGGGAUACUAACCUAUGUGGGUUUCACGGCUUCGCUCGGUAUGGUCGCAUUUACUACCGCAAAUGACCAUAUGAAGCGGGUAACUUGGGCUCCAGGAGUACCUCUGCGUUUACGUUGGGUCAGGGAGGAAGAGAGGGCUGCAUUGGAUAAAGUUGCGUGUGCGUGGGGGUUCCGUGAGAAGUGGCGCCAAGGCGAGGAAGAAGGGGCGGAUUGGGAUGCCUUGCGGGAGUAUAUUGGCCAGAAGAGUAUGGUCUUAGAUCAAGCCGAACUCAUGGAGGGGAUGGACUAUUAGAUCUGGAUCUCACUCCAAGUAUGCGCUAGAUGAGAUGAUGGUCUUGUUCAACAGCCGGAUCGACACUUCCAACGGGGAUUCUGAUCUAAAAUGCUUCAUUUUUUGCUAGCACCCGAUCGGCGACCUACUUAUACUCCACCAUGGCUUCUUAAGCUUGAGAAAUUAAAGGUGUACAUAUUUAUGUAAGAGCUGUGUGAAUAAGAAAUCGGAAUACGCUUAUCUUCAUUAAGUUUACUUCGACAGCGCAUUAGUCAUGCAGCUUUCCAUCCCUUUUCGGUCUUGACUCGAAACUCUACCGCUAUCUUUUACUGCCCAGGUAUUAGGAACGCACUUG